AUGGAUUCAAUAAAGCUAGAAGACCUUGUGAUAGACUCUUCCUCAGAUGAAGAUCAGCUGUAAGUUUAUUUUUCGAUCGAAAAUGAGGUAACUUUCAGUGAACUUGAUGUAACAUGAAAUAGAUUAAAGAGUCUAGACCUUUUUUUAAUCUUUUAUUUUAGCUUUUACAGUUUUUAAAGUUUGUAAAUUACAGGAAGCAGCUGAAUACAUCGCAAAAUUCGAGUUUUGGAAGCCAAAGAGGUGGCAGAAGGAAUAAUAACAGGCGGAAUAACAAGGUGUACAAGGAUAUAACUGGGACAAGUGCAUUGUUGGAGCCUCACGAAGACUUUGAAAAACUUUAUUUUGAUAUUGAAGUGAUUGUCACAUCAAACAAUGAGGAGGCACGGAGUUUUAAGUAAGGUUUUUAACAAAGUUGAGUUUCAGUGUAUACAUGUAUACCUCAAGUUUUCGAACUUUUAACUAAUUGAAAGUUAUGGAACGUAGAUAUAAAAUUAUUUUGUAUCCUUUUUUAUCUAUGACAAUAUAAAUCACUUCAUUUCAGUGCGAAAUCCGGCUACAAUCUGAGUUCAAACACGGCACAAGCCCUUCGCUAUUUGGAAUUCAAGAAGCUAUUGCCAGUUCAAGCGUCCGUAGCACCAUACUUAAGUUAUUUUUGUUACCAUGACUUUAUUAUCAAGGCUCCAGCAGGAUCAGGCAAGACAUUCGCGUAUAUAGUACCAAUUUGUGACGAAAUUCAACGGAUAAAGAUGGCAAAACGUGACACUCGGCCUAAUUCUACAGCGCCAUACGCUGUUGUUGUUGCCCCGUCUAGAGAGUUAGUCAAACAACUUUAUAACAUGACUCAGCACUUUGUCAAUGGUAUGUUGUUUGAUAUUAUUUUACUAUAUUUUAGAAUUUUUGAGAUAUUUAUGCGAUUUGGGGGGCUUUUAUAUUGUCUUUGGGUUAAUUGGUAGUUUAACUUUGAAUAGUUUGAUGUUUUUAGUUAUUUUUGGAUGUUUUAGGUAACAAAUAAUAUUUAUAGGUUCAAAAGAUAUUAAAGAUAAUGAAUUUGUGUUUUAUAAUAUUUGUAACUUUUGUAGUUUUGUUAGGAUUUAUAUUACUCAUGGGUCUUUUUAUAAAUUUGUAGAACAUUAUGUAUUAUGGCAUUUAGUCGUUUGUUAGGUAACAACUGUUGCUUAAAUUGUUGAAGAAGACGUAGAUUUUUAUCAUUUUGUAUAAGGUUGUUAUCUGUUUAUGAAAAUUUCGGAAAUUAUGAAGUUUUUAUAUUACCUGUGGGUUUCUUUUGAUAGCUUUUGGGAAAAUUGAUUUUUAACGUCUUUUUUUUUUAAAUUGAUUUUUAACGUCUCUUUUUUUGAAAGGUAACAAAUGUUGUUUUAAAGUUGUAAAAGAUUCUAUAGGUAAUAUUUAUGUUUAGAAAUUUAAAAAAAUUUGAAAAAUUUUAGAGUUGGGAUGAGUUUUAUAUUAUUCAUGGCUCUUUUUUGAUAAACGAUGAAGUUUUUUUUGUAUUACAACUUUGUAUGUUUGCUUAAGGUAUGAAAUGAGAUUUAAGAUACUAAGAAGAUAAAAAUGUAAAAUAUGUUUUAAAAAUAAUUUCAGGCUACGGAGGCUACGUACGAUGCGCUUACGGCUUCGGAAGGCAGGAUAUGAAAACCUCAAAGGUGACUAUAGAAGAUGGUUGUGACAUUAUAUUCUUGACUCUAGGACGUCUACAACACUACUUUAUGGGUAAAGGAUUUGGACUUGGCUUGGAGAAUCUUCGGUAUAUUGUGAUAGAUGAGGCGGAUAAUUUUAUGGCGUAUGGGGACAGACAUCUUAUGGAACAAGCUGCUAUUGAGGAGUUUGUCAAAUUGGCAGUAUGUUUUUGGUAUUUUUGGGAUGUUUUUGAAAUUUGAAAAUUUUUUUUGUUUUUUUGUGUGAUUUCUUGGCGUUUUUAGACCUUUCUUUGAUGAAAUGUUACUGUCUUUAGCCUUAUUUUGUCACUUUUUAAAUGAUUGUUACUUUUUUAGGUAAAACGAAGUCCAGACUCUUCUCUACUUCAAACAAUUCUGGUUGGAGCCGCGGUGGACAUUGAAAAAGCUUUAAAAUUAAAAAUUGUGCGCAACAACUGUAUUGCUCUUGAUGUUCGAACGAAACACGCUUCAAAUGUUGUGCAUGAAGUUGUCGAAGUUGUAAGUGAAGUUUUAUUUUGGUUUUUGGUGUUUUGAAGAAAUUCUGCAAAAAUUACUUUUUUACUUUGAUUUGUUACCUAAAAUAAAAAUGUUAUAAAUAUUUUCAAAAACGCUAUUUUUACUCUGAUUUGUUACCUAAAAAUUAAUUUCCAAACCUUUUUAAAAUUCAAUGACUCUGAUUACCUAAAGUUAAAAAUUUUGUUAAAAAUGAUUUUUUAGUGUAAUUUGUUACCUAAAAGUUAAAUUUUUGGUUUUUUUUGAAAAAGGCAGUCUAUAGUGUGAUUUGUUACUUAAGAUGCAAGUUUAGAACUUUUUUGAAAAGGCGAUUUUAUUGCGAUUUGUUAUCUAAAAAUUCUUUUUGAAAUUUUGUAAAAAAUCUAUUUUUUACUUUGUUUUGAUACCUAAAAAUUCAAUUUUUUGGAAAUUUUAUGGAAGAUGGCAUUUUUUACCCUGGUUCGUUACCUAAAAUGUAAAUUUUUGAAAUUUUUUGAAAAUAUGCAUUUUUUUUACUGUGAGUUGUUACCUAAAAAUUUGCUUUAUUUAGAUUUUUUUUGAAAAAUGAUCUUUGUUACCUAAAAUUUCAAUUUUUUAAAUUUUAAAUUUGUUACCAAAAAAUUAACUUUCUUUAUUUCAGCCUAACCCUGAAGAUCGUACAAAAAUUUUGCUGAAAUACCUAAGCAACUAUCUUCAUCAUCCUCAAGACACAAAGAAAGUGAUAGUAUCCGUAAACGGAAUCCAAGAAUCAGUUCGAAUACAGAGCAUGCUGGUCCACUACGGCUUUUUGGCCGGUGUUGUUAGUUCGAAGCGAAUGCAACCAGAACGAGAGGUAGACAUUGACAAGUUCAACAAGGGGACUUACAAUGUAUUGGUGGUGACGGACGUGAUGGCAAGUGGCAUCAACCUGGCGGUCGACUGUGUUGUUAUGUAUGAACUGCCAAAACGGGAGGAGUUUGAGUAGGUUUUGAGAUUUGGAAAUGUUUUUUUAAAUAAUUUGGGUUAAUUGUGAAUUUUUAAAAUUUUGAGUUUUUUAAAAAAAUUUAUAAUUUUUUGGGUUUUAUUUAUUUGUGGGCAAAAAGUAGUUAUUAUAUCUUUAUAUAUUCAACUUCGAUGGAUAAAACGUAAAAGUUUUGUAAAAAAGUAUUACGUUAUUGCAUAAAAAAAGUCUUGUUGUCAAUUUGUGUUGCUUUUCACGUUGAUAAACGACAAGACUUUUGCUUUUUUGAUAUUGGGUUGAGAAGACGAAAUGCGACAUUUUUAAUAUCAUAAAGCGACAUUCUUAAUAAUCCUUAUUUCUAGGAGAUCAAUGCUAAACAGAACUGGCCGAACCGGACGUCUUGGUCAAAAAGGACGGGUGGUAUACCUAUACAAUGAGAAUGAAGAUGGAUUUUAUGCCAACAGAGUAAGAACGGUUGGUUUUUUAAGUUUUAUUGUUUUAUUGAGGAGAAGGUAGAGAUAAGGCAUGGUUGAGGGUUUGAAGAUAUUAUACUAGGGAAGGGGAAGGUUAACUGUUUUUUGUCUAAAGUAGUGGAAUAGGUUUUUCUUUUUAGAUGAGGGCUUUUUCUUUUUCAUAUUAGUAUCUAGUCGUCUUUGUAUUGAAGUUAUGUUAGUUUAAAUCGUGUUUUUUCCUCUCAAUUAGCGCUUGUACGAUGUUAUCUAUGGUUAUGGGCCUGUUUUGGUCGAUAAUGACAUUUUUUAAAGGUUCAAGCAAAUUUAAAUAUGAUUAUCUUUAGUAUAUUACCUAUUUUAAGCUGGUCUUAAAAAUUUUUUUGCUUAAAAAUCACGAUUAAACUUAAAAACUUUAAGAAAUUGUUGGAAAAUCAGUGCCCAGUACCUUCGUUUUUGGACCCAGAUGAGAGUAUUUGA